AUGGCGUGGAGAUUUAAGGCGUCCAAGUAUAAGAACGCGACACCGAUCGUGCCAAAACCGGAGGCAUGCAUCCGUGAUAUCUUUGUCGGUUCAUAUCAAACGUACGGUAACAACAUAGCGGCAUCGGCGGCAUUUAUCGCAUUCAACUGGGAGCAUGCCGGUUCGAGCCUGGCCGUGCUGCCGAUCGAUGACUGUGGCCGGAAGAGCAAAACGAUGCCGCUACUGCAUGCGCAUUCGGACACGGUUACCUACCUGGACUUUUCACCAUUUCACGAUGGUCUGCUGGCGACCGGCUCACAGGACUGCCUGGUGAAGGUGUGGCACAUACCGGAGAAGGGACUGGAACAAUCGAUUUCGACACCGGAAUGUACGUUCUCGACCAAGCAGCGGCGCGUUGAAACGGUCGGCUUUCACCCGACCGCCGACUGUCUGCUGUUUGCGACCGCCAUCGGAUGCGUCAGCCUGUGGGAUCUGACGUGCCAGCAGGAAGCGUUCUCAAACAACGAACACCCGGAGGUAAUUCAGUCACUUAGCUGGAAACAAGACGGGCGGCUGUGCGUGACAAGCUGCAAGGAUAAGAUGUUGCGUGUGAUGGAUCCGCGCGCACCGACCCCGAUAACGCUAGCAGCGGAAAGCCACCAAAGCAUCAAGGAUUCGCGCGUGGUAUGGCUUGGCGAUCAGAAUCGCAUCCUUAGCACCGGGUUCGAUGCGGCCCGUUUGCGGCAGGUGAUCAUACGCGAUCUCCGUAACUUUUCCGCGCCGGAGAAAACGCUCGAACUCGACUGUUCCACCGGUAUCCUGAUGCCACUGUACGAUCCGGACACCAACAUGCUGUUCCUGUCCGGCAAGGGUGACACGACGAUCAACUAUCUCGAGGUGACGGACAAGGACCCGUACUUGAUUGAGGGCAUCCGCCAUUCCGGAGAACAGACGAAGGGUGCCUGCCUGGUACCGAAACGGGCGCUCAAAGUGAUGGAAGGGGAAGUUAAUCGCAUCAUGCAGUUAACUUCCAACUCCGUUAUCCCAAUCAUGUACCAAGUUCCGCGCAAGACGUACCGAGAUUUUCACACUGACCUGUACCCGGAAACGAAUGGCUACAAAACCGAUCUGUCUGCGACGCAGUGGUUCGGUGGUGCAAACACCCCGGUGCCAAAAAUUAGUCUGGAUCCAGCAAAACGCGAACUGGGCGACGCACCAAUCAUUGUCCUUCGCGGGCCGCUAAACGAGGUGGUGAACAAUAUCGCUAACAAGAUGCGCAACGCACAGUCCACCAACAUUUCGACGGCAGCGAAAAUCGAGCGUGAGAAAGGAAUCGUAAAGACGACGUUCGUGCCGAUCAAGGAGAAAAUCAAACACAUGGAACAGCAGUCGCACACGGAGAAGUGUGAGCUGGAGCAGCGGUUCAAGGAGAUAUCAGCGGCGCACAAGGAAAAGGAUGAGGACGGUAACCAUCCGCUGGCACCCACCGAGAAAAAUGGCAACGAUAACCAUCACCAACAGCGGGAAACAUCUUCGUCGUCGUUCGAUUCGGAGACGGAAGCACGUACCGGCGAAACAACGCCGCCGAAACCGCUGCCACGGACCUCGCGCAACAACUCGGUCUGCGAACAGAUGUCUACGCCCGUCGCUGGUACGAACGAGGACGUAACAAUGACGACAGCCACCACACCUAGCGCGGCCGUCACUCCGCGCCCGGUUGCCAGACCGCGCACUACCAGCGGAUACAAGCCACGUCUGGGACCAAAGCCAUUCUGCAGCUCGGGAGCAUCGGGUGAUUUCUCCUUUGACAAGGUGUUCAGCGUCCCGGUCGUACCCGGUGUCGAAACCGGCACCGAGAAAGAGGGCAUAUCACCGGUACCCGCGCAUCCGAUGGUUGGCGAUGUUGUUUCAGCUGAAACAAAUGGCAACACUGUAACCAUCGCGGCAGAACCGGAACCCAAAGACUGCAGUCCUACCGAUGAUGGAAAAGCAUCUGCCGAACCGAUGGACGAUUGCGACAUAGACACGCGUCAACUGCCACAUGCAGAACUUCGGAAGCCGUGUGAACAAGAAAAGAUCUUCGAACGUCAAGCUUCGUCGGAAUCAGUCGACCAAUUUGAUUCGAGCUCAGACGAUGCCAAAAACCAAUUUGAGCGGAUGAGCGCUCAGCGAACAAGCCUUGCCGAAAGGCGGCGUAUGUUUGAAAGUCGUUCGCAGAGCGUACAGGAUGAAAAGGCCAGCUCGCCAACCCCGCUCAGACGCCUUGAUUCGCUGAAAGUUCGGGGUGAGCAGAAGACGUGCUCCGACGACUCCGAACUGAUGCCACCACCGGUGAGCACGGACUUUCUGCGCAAUCGUAGCGAUCUCACGAAGGAGAACAUGCCGGACAUAGUCAAACGAAGCAAUAGCACCGCUGGUGUCUCAUCGGCUGCCAACAACAACGUCGCUUCCAAACGAACCUCCACCGUGUUUGGACGCGUGUCCAAGUUCCGACACCUGAAGGGUACCCCCGGGCAUAAGAGCACGCACAUAGAGAACAUACGUAACCUGAGCCGUCAAAUACCCGGCGAGUGCGAUGGCUUUCAAGCGAAUGCCGAGCGUGUGGCGGUACCGAUUGCCGGGGCGGGUGGUAAAAUAGCGGUGCUGGAGCUAAACGAUCCGGGCCGCCUGCCGGACGGUGUCAUUCCAACGCUGGUCAACAUUCAAAACAUCAUGGAUUUCCAGUGGGAUCCGUUUGACUCGCACCGGCUCGCUGUUGCCUGUGACGAUGGUUCGGUAAAGCUGUGGCGCAUACCUGCUGGCGGUCUGACGGAACCGACCAACGAACCGGAGGCGAUGCUCGUUGCGCAUACCGAUAAAAUUUACAUCAUGAGAUUCCACCCAUUGGCACAGAAUGUGCUGCUGACGGCCAGCACCGACAUGGUGAUGAAACUGUGGGAUCUAGUCGGGAUGACGGAGAAGUACAGCCUGCACGGUCACACUGAUCAAAUAUUUUGCUUUUCGUGGAGCCCGUGUGGCCGUUACGGUGCCACCGUGUCGAAGGAUGGACGCAUACGGGUGUAUGAACCACGUAAAUCGACGCAACCGACAAAGGAAGGCUGCGGUCCGAUAGGAACACGAGGCGCACGCAUUGUGUGGGCGCUUGAAGGCGAAUAUUUGGUGGUGACUGGAUUUGACAAAGUCUCCGAACGCCAGAUUUACGUAUACAAACUAACUGAUCUCAGUGCACCGAUGGGUAUGGUCGGACUGGAUGUUUCCCCCGCCAUACUGAUGCCGUUUUACGAUGAAGACAGCUCCACGCUGUUCGCCACUGGCAAGGGAGACAGCACAAUCUACUGCUUCGAAAUUACCGACGAGGCACCGUUUAUCUGCCCGCUAUCCCACCACCGUUGCACCACGCUGACGCAAGGUCUCAGCUUUUUAAGCAAGAACCAUUGCGAUGUGGCAACGGUCGAGUUUGCUCGGGCGCUCCGGCUUACGAACGGCACGGUCGAACCGCUGAGCUUCAAGGUACCGCGCAUUAAAUCCGAGCUUUUCCAAGACGAUCUCUUCCCACCGACCAAGGUGCUGUGGCAACCGACACUGAGCGGUGAUGAAUGGUUUGCCGGUCGGGACGUAACACCGACUCGUAUCAGCCUGAAGCCGGACGGCAUGGAUACGCUGUCUUCGAUUCAGCCAACUGUAACGACCACACCUUCCAAAAAAACCGACACCAUUAUAAUGCCACAGGGAAUACAGAAGCCAUUUUCGAAGGCUCCCGAGCACGUACAAGAGCAGAUAAAAAAUGCUGUCAGUGCCCGCAUGUCCGUGAAUAAGAAGCUCGAACAGGACAGCAUGGAAGGCGUAGACGAAAAAGAAUGGGAAGAAUGA